AUGAUAUUGACUUUAUUGGUGGUCGCUUCCACCAUCUUCACCGUCCUGCUGUUGUUGUUGCCGUCUCUCAGGAACGCCUCGGACAAGCGGUGUUCUGUCCAAGUCGUAGUUCUCGGUGACUUGGGUCGAAGUCCUCGCAUGCAGUACCAUGCCUGGAGCAUUGCUACACAUGGAGGCCACGUUCAGCUUAUUGGCUACCGGGAAACCAAUCCUCUACCAGAGCUGCUGUCUCACCCGAACGUGGUGAUUGUCCCUUUGUCACGAGCCCCCAACUGGUUGCAAACAAGCAACAAGGUUCUGUUCCUGCUUUUUGGGCCAUUGAAGGUGUUGGUACAGGCAUGGACCCUCUGGCAGGCUCUGAGCUAUUCUACUCCUGCUUGCAAGUGGAUGCUGGUUCAGAACCCACCGUCAAUACCGACUCUGCUCCUAGUGUCUAUGGUUGCUUUCUUCAGACGUACUAGGCUCGUUGUGGAUUGGCAUAACUUUGGCUAUUCUAUUCUUGCCCUCAAACUGGGUGAAGGUCAUCCUCUAGUCAGAAUGUCCAAACUCUACGAAACUGCGCUGUCAAGGGUCGCUUAUGCGAACUUCACCGUGACAGAUGCGAUGGCAAAGGUCCUAAAAUCCGACUACGGCAUCACAGCUCCUGUCUUAACCCUACAUGAUCGUCCUGCGGACUUGUACCAGCCACUCACUGAUAUGCAGCGGCUAUCAUUUUUACAACGCUACCCACCGGUAACCGCACACUUCAAUGCAUUGGUGGACGGCAAGGCCAGGCUACUCGUCUCUUCGACUUCUUGGACACCUGAUGAAGACUUUGGUAUCCUUCUCGAUGCACUCUGUAGCUACUCCGCUAGUGCCACCUCUUCCCAUCCGCAGCUUCCAGAGUUGAUUGUCGUGAUCACCGGUAAAGGGCCACAGAAGCAGCGCUACCUCGACAAGAUCAAGGAGCUCCACGCGACGGACGCUCUGGAGAUGGUGCCGAUCUACACCGACUGGCUCAGUUUUGAAGACUAUGCCCUUUUGCUAGGCUCCGCUGAUCUCGGCGUAUCGCUUCAUACAAGCAGUAGUGGAGUCGAUUUGCCCAUGAAGGUCGUUGAUAUGUUUGGUGCCGGUCUUCCCGUCGCCGGCUGGAGCAAGUUUCGAGCAUGGCCUGAGUUGGUCACGGAGAACGUUAACGGUAAAGGUUUCGGCAGCUCAGAGGAAUUAGCAGAUAUCCUUCGCGAACUCUUCGACCCGGCGUCGAAGAAGCUUGGUCAACUCAAACAUGGAGCCAGACAUGAGAGCCAGCGCCGAUGGAGCUCCGAAUGGGAUCCGGUCGCUGGGAAGCUCUUCGGUAUCGUAACUUGA